UUGGAAUAAAACUGUGUUAUACUUUUGGGGGUUUCUUCAUUUUUAUUUAUUUUUCUCCGAUUUCAUCAAUUGAUUGGAUUUUGGAGUUUUGAUAUUCCAACACGAUGAGUAACGGAAUUCGACGAUCUAAUAAAAGACUACCACACAAACAUGGUAAUAUUCAUGGUGACGGUGAUGGUUUUCAGCAGCAGGUUCGACGAUGUAAUUAUAAUAAUAAUAAUUUAUUACUACGACUCCCGGAGGAGCUUUUUGCGGAUGAGAUACUCGUCCGGUUACCGGCCAAACAGCUUGCUCAAAUGAGGUUUCCAAACCAUCGUCACAUAGCCGAUGACAUCUGCAUAGCCAACUUUUUCGAAAUCAGAGAACAGACAUUCAACCUAUAUAUGCAUAGCUUCAUUGCAGGCUCAAAGUUUGAUAGAAGUGUGUUUAUUAUUGAUGGACUGUCGAAGACAUUUUUGUGACAAUGGGGCAGAUAUGUAAUUUUCCUUAUACAAGUGUAUCAUUGGAUUUGAGGCCUAUCAUGCUGGAGGAAGGAGUCCGAGGCUGGUACAGGUAUGCUUCUUAAGCUGUAGUCUUACAAAAUCGUAUUUGGCGACUCAUGAAACGAAGGGGUUUUAUGUCUCUAACAGUCGACUUUUACCUUCUUUUACUGGAAUUAGCCAUGGUGUCAUUCAGUUUCCAUCCUAUGAAUAUAUAAAGUGUUAGUUGGUGGUGCCGUAGCUGGUUAGCUAGCAAUUAAUAAACCUAAAAACCUUUUUAUUGCUGUGUUUUGCAUGUUUCACAUCUAUAACUAUUA